AAGAAAGAUACUUAAAUCAUGUUUUUCAUUUCAAUUAAACAUACUACGAUACACUUGAUUUUCACCAUAUCAUUAGCUUUAUAAUCUCUCAUAAAUUCAACCAACAACUUACGAAAAAAACAUCAGUAGUACUAGUGGAGAAAUGGAUUCACAUAUUCUCAUCUACAUUCCUCUCAUACUUGCCCUUUUCAUCUUCAUCAAGCACAUCCUCCACAAACUCCAAAACCUCCCUCCUACUCCUCUCCUCCGCUUCCCCUUCCUCGGCCACCUACACCUCCUCCAAAAACCCCUUCACCGCUCCCUCGCCGUCAUCUCCCGCCGCCACGGCCCGGUGGUCCUCCUCCACCUCGGCUCCCGCCGCGUCCUCCUCGUCUCCUCCCCCUCCGCGGCCGAGGACUGCCUCUCCAAGAAUGACGCCGUCUUCGCCAACCGCCCCCGCCUCCUUGUCGGCAAGCACCUCGGCUACAAUCACACCUCCUUGGUCUGGUCAUCCUACGGCGAUCACUGGCGAAAUCUGAGGAAAGUUUCGUCCGUUGAAGUUCUGUCGGCUCACAGAUUGCAGACUCUGCAAGGAAUUAGGGUUGAUGAGGUUCGGGCCAUGGUUCGGGCUCUGAGCCGAGCCUCGGGCGAGCGGAAGCUGGUGGACAUGAAAGCGAUGUUCUUCGAGAUGACGAUGAACGUGGUGAUGAGGAUGAUCGGCGGGAAGGCGUACUACGGAGGGAACGUGGAGAAGGCGGAGGAGGGGCGGCGGUUUAGGGAGAUCGUGGCGGAGACGAUGCGGCUCAUGGCGGCGUCGAAUAUGGGGGAUUAUUUGCCGUGGUUGGGAGAUGGCGGCGUGGAGAAACGGAUGGUGGAGCUGCAUAGGAACAGGGACGAUUUUAUGCAGGAGCUCGUGGAAGAGUGUAAGAUAAAACGUCGGAGUUAUGGCGACGGCGAGACCAAAACCAUGAUUGAGAUGUUGCUCGCCUUGCAAGAUAAGGAGCCGGAGUAUUAUACAGAUGAGCUCAUUAGAAGUCUCAUGCUGAGUCUGGUAAUCGCCGGCACGGAUACAUCCUCCGGCACAAUGGAGUGGGCCCUCUCUCUCCUCCUGAACAACCCGCACGUGCUGAAGAAGGCCCAGGCGGAGAUCGAUGCCGUGGUCGGACACGGGCGUCUGGUCUGCGAGGGCGACGCGGGCGAGCUGCCGUACCUGCGGUGCAUCAUCAGCGAGACGCUGCGCAUGUAUCCGGCGGCGCCGCUGCUUGUCCCGCACGAGUCCUCGGAGGAGUGCAGUGUCGGGGGUUACCGCGUCCCCGGCGGCACCAUGCUGAUGGUGAACACGUGGGCCAUACAGAACGACAGCAGAUACUGGGAGGACGCGGCAGAGUUCAAGCCGGAGAGGUUCGAGGGUUCAGAGCGCCACGGCUGCAAAAUGAUCCCGUUCGGGUCCGGGAGGCGGAGGUGCCCCGGCGAAGGGCUGGCGGCGCGUAUUUUGGGGCUGGCGCUGGGCUCGAUUGUUCAGUGCUUUGAUUGGGAGAGAGAUGGGGAGGAGUUGGUUGAUAUGAGCGAGGGCGUGGGGGUGUCGCUGCCCAGAGCCGCGCCGUUGAUGGCUUAUUGCACACCCCGCUCUCAUGCUGCUCAUCUUCUUUCCACUAUAUGACUAUUACAGAGUAAUGUAUUUUCUAUUUCAUAACUUCUUUUUUCUUUUUCUUUUCUUUGGGAUAGGUUAUUGGAGAGAGGAUAGAUUAGGGCCUAUGCCAAGAAAGAAUUGUGGACGGUACGUAGUGAUGGACCGAUGGUCCCCCAAAAGCUAUCAACUAUCAAGUGCGUAGAUAGUUUGUGUGA